AUGGAUGAUACAAUAUCAGCUAGUGAAGAUCAUAGUCAUGACCAACAUGAAUAUCCUAUUGAUUAUGCAGACCAUGAUGAAGAUUUCGGUCUAGCUGAUCAUGAUUCUCUAGAUAAUAUCGAUUUUGAAAUAGACGAAAACGAAAACGAGUUCAUUGAUGAUGAGGAAUAUGAUACUAUAGCCGAUGAUAAUAUUGAUUUACAGAAAGAAGCAGGUUUUGAUGUUAGGCUUGGAACAAUUAGAACAACUAAAUCUGACAUUAUCACACAACGACAUUUGCUAUGCAAUUGGGAAGAUAAACCAAGAACCGCUCAAUUGGAUACUUUAGACCCUCAACAUUCUAUAAACAAAGCUGUAACUGAAGUUCUUCCAAUAUCAUCACAUAGGUUUUGUUUGUGGAAUAUUACAAAACAAUUGAGAAACAAGAUAACAUCCGAAGUAGCUACAAACUCAGAUUUUCGGAAGCGUUUUCACUCUAUAAUUUGGAAUUCUAAGCUGGAACCACAUGAUUUUGAUAAUGUAUGGCAAUCUUAUUUAGAUGACUUUAACAUUUCAAAUAACAAGUGGAUGAAAGAGAUGUAUGGAUUGCAGAGACGUUGGGUACCUGUAUUUUUCAAGGACAUACCAAUGCCUGGUCUUAUGAGAACUACAUUUUUGUCUACAGGCCAAAAUUGGUCAUUUCAGAACAACACUCUUAGCGGUUGUUUUCUUUUACUGUUUAUGAUGACAUUUGAGGGUGUAAUGGAAUGUCAAAGACGUAAUCAAGUUGUCAAUGACUCUAACACUGCUAUAACAGUUCCUAGAUUCAUCACAUCUAGUCCAAAUAAAGCACAUGCUUCAAAGGUCUACACUCGUAAAAUAUUUUAUCAAGUUCAGAAAGAGAUUUCAAAUUCUGAAAAUACUUGUUUCCAAAUGAGUGUUACUUCUUGCAAUGGUGUUGACACUAUUAUUGUUUUGAAGAAGCAAGAGAACAUAAGUACAAUGCAACCAACAAGUCCUGUUGUUGAUGACAAACUUGAGGAAUACCAUUACGAUUGUCUUACAAAGGAUACCCAAUACACUGUUUGUUAUGAUUUCAUUAUAUAA